CUCACAUCUAGUAACCUAAGAGUAACACAACCCUCAAGAGUCAGGUUUUCGUUGAAGUUAAAAGAUGAACACAAUGUUUGAAAAAGUGGGAGCAGUGGGUGGUAAUAAGGGCGGACCAUUUGACGAUGGUGUUUUCGAUGGUGUGAAGAAAAUAACUGUCGGAAAAGACUUCAACAGUGUUUCUUAUAUCAAGAUUGAGUACGAAAAGGAUGGAAAAUUUGAAACUCGUGAACAUGGAACUAUUCGUGGAGAACUUCAAGAGUUCACGGUGGAUUAUCCGAACGAAUAUAUCACAUCUGUUGGUGGAAGCUACGAACAUGUUUUAAGCUAUGGAACAGUUCUUAUCAGAUCGUUAAUCUUCAAAACCUCCUAUAGUAGGACCUCUCCCAUACUCGGUCAUACGACCUUAUGUGGACAUCCAGCUGGGAGAGAAUUCAUGCUCGAGGGUAAAAAUGGUGGAAAGCUUCUUGGUUUCCAUGGACGUUCUGGUCAAGCUCUUGAUGCCAUUGGAGCCCAGUUUUUCGCUGUGAAGUCUCCUCUUAAGCACUUUAACAAUCAAGGUGGGAAUGGAGGGAGUGCGUGGGAUGAUGGCGCUUUCGACGGUGUUAGAAAAAUACUUGUUGGACGAGGUGGUAAAUUUGUGAGUUAUGUGAGGUUUGAGUAUGCAAAAGGCCAAGGAAUGGUGCCACAUGCUCAUGGGAAGCGACAAGAGGUUCCACAGGAGUUUGUGGUGGAUUAUCCUAACGAGCAUAUUACGUCCGUCGAGGGAACCAUCAAUGGCUACCUUACAUCUCUUAGGUUUAAGACAUCAAAAGGAAGAACCUCCCCUGCCUUUGGCAAUGUCGUUGGUAAGAAAUUUGUGUUCGAGGAAAAGGAUUUCAAGCUUGUCGGGUUUUGUGGUCGGUCCGGUGAUGCUAUCGAUGCUCUUGGUGCACAUUUUGCGCCUCUUCCACCCCCAGCUCCUACACCACCUCCACCUCCACCUCCCGCUACAACAACUAUGGGACCGCUCGGUGGUAACAAGGGAAACACAUUUGACGAUGGUGUUUUGGAUGGUGUGAAGAAAGUAACCAUUGGGGCAGAUGAAUACAGUAUAACUUAUAUCAAGAUCGAAUAUGAAAAUAAUGGAAAAGUCGAAAUCCGUGAACACGGAACAAAGCGAGGGGAGCUAAAAGAGUUUUCGGUGGCUUAUCCGAAUGAUUAUAUCACAGCCGUUGGUGGAAGCUACAAGCAUAUUUUCAACUAUGAUACAACACUUAUUACAUCGCUGUACUUCACAACUUCCAAACGAACCACCUCUCCAUUAUUCGGUGAGAUAAAGGGAACAGAAUUCGAAUUUAAAGGUGAAAAUGGAGAAAACCUUGUUGGAUUCCAUGGACGUGGUGGUUAUGCCAUUGAUGCCAUUGGUGUACAUUUUGCUACAAACUCUUCUACACCAACUCCUCCCAACAAGUUGUCCAUGGUCUACAUUACAUCUGGCGAUAUAGGAAUUGAGGAAAUCAAGUUCUACAAUCUAGAGAACGGGAAGACAAAGGAAGUGUUUCUGCAUGGUGUGAAGGGUAAAAACCUCAUUUCAACGCUUGUGAUAAGCAAUCCUCCUGCUGAGUGUCUCGUUUCUGUCGAGAGCUGGUAUAAUUCUUACAAUGUUUCUCAAGGAAUUAAGUUUAAAACCGACGAGAACGGUUCUGAUUUCUUUGGAUAUAAGUUUUCUGAGGAUACUGGUAAACCAUUUUCUCUCCAAGUCAAGGAUAAGAAGAUCAUCGGCGUUCACAAGUUCCCUGACUCGAAUCUCAUAUCUCCUGGAACGUACUUUGUUCUAACCCGUUCCUCUUCUCUCAAAAAAGUGGAAGCUAUAGGAGGAAAGGGUGGAGAAACAUUCGACGACGGUGCUUUUGAUCAUGUAAGAAAAGUUUUUGUUGGUAAAAGCAAUUCCGGUGUAGCCUAUGUCAAGUUCGAAUACGAAAAAGACGGCAGAGGAGUGACACAGGAGCACGGAGAAAAGACUUCUCAAGGAACGGAGGUGUUCGAGGUUGGUAACGACGAUGACAUCACAUCUGUGAAAGCUUACUACGAAAAACUCAAUGGCUCGAAGAUAGAAACCAUAACGUCUCUUCAAUUCAAGACUCUGAAGGGCAUAAACUCUCAGCCGUUUGGAAAGACCCCAGUUAGUGUAAAUGCCCAGACAAAAUUGUCAUUGCUCGAAGGUGGGAAAAUCACUGGUUUUCAUGGAAGUUCCAGCGACGUUAUUCAUUCUCUCGGAGCUUAUAUUUGGGCUUCACCUCCCACGAUGUUGCAUGGCAAGUGGAUCCAGGUGGAGCAAAAAGGAAAGACACCUGGACCAAGAUGUUCUCACGCUAUAGCAAUGGUUGGAAACAAAAUGUACGCUUUUGGAGGAGAGUUAAAGCCAAAUUUUCACAUCGACCGAGACCUCUACGUCUUCGAUUACGAGACUCACAGAUGGUCGCUCGCUGAUCCAGACGGUGACGUGCCUGACCUCCCUUGCUUAGGCGUUUGCAUGGUAGCCAUCGGCACUACACUCUAUAUCUUUGGUGGCCGUGACGGCUUCCGUAAGUACAGUGGCUUCUACUCCUACGAUACGGUUAAAAGCGAGUGGAAACUUAUAACUCACGUCAACAAUGGACCUGCACCGCGUAGCUUCCACUCGAUGGCUGCUGAUGGCAAUAACAUUUAUAUCUUUGGUGGAGUGACUGCUAAGGAACGUGUCAACACACUUCAUGCUUACAGCAUCGUUGAUCAAAAGUGGACUGAGCUUCCUAAUCCAGGAGAGUCUUGCAAAGGGAGAGGUGGAGCGGGGCUUGCGGUUGUGCAAGGAAAGAUUUGGGUUGUGUACGGGUUUAUUGGGGAUGAAGUGGAGGAUGUUCAUUGCUUUGAUCCAGUUGAAAGUAAGUGGACCAAAGUGGAAACAAGGGGUGAAAAGCCGUGGGCGAGAAGUGUGUUUGCUCUAGCGGUCGUGGGGAAAUACAUAAUUAUAUCUGGAGGUGAGAUUGAGAUGGACCCAGAGGCUCAUUUGGGUCCCGGGGCAUUGACCGGUGGGGCUUUUGUUUUGGACACUGAGAGUUUGUUGUGGGAGAAACUUGAGGAAGGUCAUAGCCCUCGUGGAUGGAUCGCAUCCACCACUGCCUCCAUUGAUGGGAAAAAGGGGCUGUUGAUGUAUGGAGGGAAGGCUCCGACCAACGGUCGUUAUGAGGACAUCUUUUUCUAUGGCGUCGACUCUGCUUAAUACCUCUCGGUGUUGGUGAGUUUGUGAGUUGUAACGUUGCAUCAUGGGAGGGAUCUGGUUUGUGACUUGUGAGAGUGUGUGAUUUGUGAGUUGUAAGAGCUAGUACUCUUGCUUGUGUGUUUUAAUAAAUGCCAUCUAUGUGUGUUUGGUUUGUACGAAUAUAAGCACACUUGUAAUCAAAUAAUAUGUGUGUAACUAAAUAAAAAAGAUGUUUACAAUCAAUCAUAAUAUUUUUUAUUGGAUAAC